GCAAAUAAAAAAAAGAAGUAAAAAACUUUAAAAUUAUUCCGAGCGUGAUUUUAGUCGGCCUUAUUUUAACCGAGGUAAAAAGUAAAGAGUUCAGGGUUUAAUAAAUUAAGGCGAACUGGGCUAACCCUACAGAUCAAGGCUAACCCUACAGACUAAAGCCCGUGGCAACAUCCGUACAUAUGUACCCUAAGACCGAUCAUAAAGUAUAAAACCUUUGCCCGAAAUUAUUUCUUGGCCGUCCAGUAAAAAUGAAUAAUUUUAGAAUCAUCGCGAGAAAUUCGCUGCGGCGGCGGGAUUUUAGUGUCCGAUCACCACCGUCUCGUUCAUUCUGUAACCUCUCCCAGGAAUCGAAUCGACAGUCUUAUGGCAUUGCAUUCGACAUCGAUGGUGUUAUCCUUCUGGGUUCCUCCCCCGUUGGUGGCUCCCCUGCUGCCCUCCGCCGACUCUACGAUGAUUCCGGUGCUUUGAAGAUACCUUUCUUAUUCUUGACUAAUGGAGGUGGCCUGCCUGAAUCUAAACGGGCCUCUGAGAUGACUCAUUUAUUAGGUGUUCCUGUUUCUCCAUUCCAGAUGGUACAAGCACAUUCACCUUUCCGAAAACUAGCCAAUAGGUUUGGAAACGAGCUCGUUGUUGCGGCUGGAAAAGGGGAACCUGCCGCGGUGAUGUCUAAUUAUGGUUUCAAAAACGUGGUUUCAUUGGACGAAUAUGCCUCUUACUUUGACAACAUUGAUCCCUUGGCCCCAUAUAAGAAAUGGAUGACCGGACAACAAGUUCACAAGGAGACUACUAGAUCAAGAGCAAAUGUUGUAUCCGAGAGAGUUCAGGCAGCAUUUAUUGUUAGUGAUCCUGUUGAUUGGAGCCGAGACAUCCAGGUCCUUUGUGACAUUUUACGAACUGGAGGACUUCCUGGGAAAGAAAGUGGACCUCAACCUCUUUUGUACUUUGCUAACGACGAUUUAGACUACCAGACAAAGUUUCCUACUGAACGUCUUGGCAUGGGAGCUUUUCGAAUCGCUUUAGAAUCCGUAUUCAACAGAAUCCAUGAUAACCCUCUGGAGUACACAUCUUUUGGGAAACCAAAUCCAUUCGUGUUCAAGAACGCAGAAGAUGUUCUCAAAGAGAUCCCUACAUCCCACUCAAACCAAGGAAGUCACCACUUCAAGACGCUAUAUAUGGUCGGAGACAACCCUAAAAUCGACAUCAGAGGGGCACGACAGGCCGGGAGUCCUUGGUUCUCAAUCUUGACAAGAACCGGAGUUUUCAAAGGGAAAGAUAAUCAUCCUGAGUUUCCUGCUGAUCUGGUAGUUGACACAGUAGAGGAAGCAGUUGAUUUCAUCUUGACAAGAGAGUCAGCAAAGCGAAGCUUGAUUUGAGAUAUUUCACUCGGAUUUUCUUAAGAUUUUAUUUAAUCCAACACAUUGUGGCUGUCUUUGGCCAGAUGCAUUAUAUUUAACGAAUGAGGCAUACAUAAACUAAUAUAUUCUUUGAGCCGUCUACGAG